AUGGCCUACCAGGUAGAGAUCUCGGUCUUCGUUCCAAACCUCGCACAACAUACCGAUGAAAACCAACCGGCUCAGCGUGUCCAGAAUAUUUCCACAAAAAAGUACACUGCUAUCACCCAGGCUAUGCUCAUUAGUAUGCGAAAGAAAGAGGACUUACGGAUUCAAUUAUACUCAAGCGACUACAAUCUCUGUCGAGCCUUAUCGCCCUUGCUUGAGUCUACUGACUGGACUAUUAAUGACUCGCUUGAUACCCUCAGCGAUAAGUUUCAAGCUCAGCUAAGCAAGAAUAAAGUGGUUGGUCUACCUGAUUGUUUCUUGCCAUUGCAGCGCCGUUACUGCCGUGGCGAGCAAGCCGAAGCCGCAAAAUUGAACUUGAAGCUCCUUCAGAACCUUGGUGUUAUCUCAGAUAUUGGACGCUCUGAUGAGGAGCGACUUCAAAUUAUGGCUAAGGUCUGCGGAAAAUUGUGUUUUAAGAAUACUUAUGAGCUGCCUACCGGCCUUGACGAUACGAUGUUGCCCGAUCUACUUGCUAAAUUCACAAUCAUGGAGGUAGCUCGUAAGACCGAUUAG